AUGGCGAUGGACGUAAUUCUUGCCGCUCUACCGAAAGAGGUAGGCUAUAGGCUGGAAAUGGAGGGAGUCUCGGCUCUGGCCUAUGCCGAUGACCUAGUCUUGCUUGCAGGCUCAAAGGUAGGGAUGCAGGAAUCCAUUGACCGUGUGUUCGAGGUUGCGUCGUCGAUGGGUCUCUUGGUAAACAACAACAAGAGCUCCGUCUUGUCGAUGGUGCCCGAUGGAAAGCGCAAGAAGCACCACUAUCUGACCGGGAAAAAUUUCCGGAUAGGUCGGAAGUGGCUGAAUCAAACUUCCUGCGUGGAACGUUGGCGCUAUCUCGGCAUCGACUUCCAGGCGUCUGGAUGCGUGAUGUUAGAGCAUGAUAUCAAAGUUGCCUUAACUAACAUCUCUAAGGCACCCCUCAAGCCGCAGCAGCGACUCGAAAUCGUGAGGGGACACCUUAUUCCCAGAUUCUUGCAUGGCCUUGUGUUGGGCAAUAUCUCGGAUGAUAGGUUAAGCAUGCUCGACGUCCAGAUCCGGGGUGCAGUUAGGAAUUGGCUGAGGCUCCCGAAGGAUGUGCCUGUCGGGUACUUCCACGCCGACAUCAAGGACGGCGGCCUAGCGAUCCCAUCGCUUCGGGCGACCGUCCCGGAUCUCAUAUUGAAGAGGUUCGUGCGGCUCGACUCGUCGAGUUGGCCAGUGGCAAAGGCUGCCGCCAGAUCCGCAAGGAUCCGAAAGAAGUUGAGCUGGGCCGACAAGUAA